AAAGCUGCUCGACCCGAAUCUUCACAUUCCUGCUGCCACUGCUCUGGAAGCUGCUUUAGUUUCUGUUUUCUGAGGAAGAGAAGCAGCAACGUGCUGCCUGCCGCCAUCAUGGAGCCACUCUGAACACGCUAAGCACUUAAAAAGGAUCUUUACUCGAGGAAGAUGAGGGUGUUCUUGAUCCUUGUGCUCGUUUCCCAGCAUGCCUUGGCUGCAAAGGUGGAAGUGUAUGAGGGAGCAGAAUCUGUGCUGCUGCCCUGCCAGGUCAGUUUUUUACUGGAGGACACCACGGUGACGUGGAGCCACCCCGACCCCGACCUCAACCACAUGACCGUCCACAGGCGGCACGAAGACCGAGAUGAACUGGAAGGUCAGAACCAGCGUUACAGCGGGCGCACGUCGAUGAUGGCAAACGAGGCGGAUCCCAAAGACCUGAGCCUCACUCUGAGGAAGCCGCAGGUGUCGGACAGCGGCAGUUAUUACUGCAUCAUCAGCAAGGAGAAAGACCAGCUGACGCUGACCAACGUACAGCUGGAGGUCAAAGUUGACAUGUUGGAGGUGGAGGCGAAGGAAGGGUCAGAGUUCGUCCAGCUGCCCUGCCAAACCACAUCUCCACUGUCUGAUGACGCCACAGUAGAGUGGACCCGCUCUGAACCCAUCCCCAUGAUCGUCUACAUAUUCCCGAACAGCAGCACCGAGCUGCCGAAAAAACAGGACGAGUUCUUCUGUGGACGCACGAGGAUGCAGGAGGACUCACUGAAGACUGGAGAUCUGAGUUUGAGCCUGAAGUACCCCUCAGAGAGAGACAACGGGCACUACAUCUGCACUGUCCACGCAGGCACUGACGUGCUGAGGCAGAGAGUAGUCCUGGUUCAUGUCAAAGGACAAAUUCCCGCCUGGGCCGCAGCUGUCCUGAGCAUCAUGGUCAUCAGUCUUGUCCUUGGCGGAGGUUUUGCUGCAUUUUUCUGGUAUUAUUUUAAGAUGGUCUCCACCUUGGAAGUGGAUGAAGGGGUGGAGUCUGUUCAGCUGCGAUUUAGAACCACACCUAACCUGCCAGAAAACUCCACAGUGAAGUGGACGUGCUUCAGCCAUGGCCUCAAAUCCAACACAGUCCACGUGUACUCGAACAGCAAGGAGCAAUCAGGUGUGACAUACAAUGAUCGCACAAAGAUGAGUGAGGACCCCCUGACAUCUGGAGACCUCAGUCUGACCCUGAGAAAACCCCGAAGCCGAGACAGUGGGAUCUACAUCUGCACCAUCAGCAGGAGAAAGCUCGUCCUGAAUCAGAAACGACUGAGGCUAAUGGUCAGAGUCCCACAGGUAAAGGUCUCAGAAGGGGCUGAGUGUGCUGUGCUGCCCUGGAAAACCUUGUUUCCUCCCCCUAAAAAAGCCACAAUAGAGUGGAGCCGUCAUGAGCCGUGGCCUAUGAUGGUCCACGUGUACCAGAGCGGCUCGAACUGCCUGGAGAAGCAGACCUGGUUUUAUCGUGGCCGCACAAACAUGGAAGAGGAGGACCCUCACAAGGCCAGAAACCUCAGUCUGGUCCUGAACCAGCCCGUGCUGCUGGACAGCGGCGAGUACAUCUGCACCGUCAAAGAGGAUGGGCGAAUUGUGAAGAGGAAGAGUCUGAGGCUCUGCGUCAGAGAUUACAAUCACGCCUCUGAUGAUGAAGCAGAAGAAGAAACGACUCCUUUAAUCCGAUGCAGUUGGCUUCAGUCUGUCUGAUCUGUGGCUCCCCCUCCAUUUCUCUCUGUGGAGCUGAGCAUCAGUAUCGAUCAGUGAUGAACCGGUUUAAUAGUCUAAACAGAAUUAAACAUGCAGACCCCAAGCUGUUUACAUCAGUUUUUAGAGUUUGUUUGUUUCUAAUGAGCCAGAUGAUAAGAAGUGACAUUAAGACUUGUAUGAGAUCAGAUUUUUAACAUUUGAUGAAGACAAACUAAAAAAUCACACCAUCUUCCUGCCUGAGUCCUGAUAUCAGUCUCAGAGCUCCAUCUUGAAGGAGGUUUCAGAGAGGAGGAUGCAGGAGGGGCUCGACUGGAGGAGCCACAGAUUGGGACAAGAGAAGGAAAAAAGAAGUGUGUGAAUGGUUUUUGUUGCUUGUUUUUUGGGUUUAGAUGUGUUGGUUUUCUAACGAGAGCUUCUCGUUUUCAGUCAGACUCAUGUUUGAGAUGCUCAUAAUUCCUUUAAGCCAUCACAGAAGGUUUGAACAUGAUCUUAAAGAAACACUGAGCUCUUUAAGUUCAAGGGGUGCUAAAUUAAACAUGUGAGCAGGCUCUCUAUUUUCUAGGGGCCUCAGGAACUUACUGACUGUGUCCUGGAGCCACGUGUCACCUGGUGCUUUUCUGAUACAUCAUUAGAAAAUCUCACAGUGAAAUCAUCUGCAAGAUGAAUGCUGAGAUGAAUGUUAAUGUGCUGGUUUCUGGGCACAGAGCGGUAAA